AUGCCUCCACCUAAUCAAAAUGUUGCUACCCCACCUAAGCCUACUCAAUUGCUAGCUCAGCCCAUGCCAAAUCCUAACAAUAAAGAACCACAACAACAACAGGUUUAUGCUACUGAUCCAAAUCAAUACCCUGCCUAUGUUGUUAGUAUAAGUGAUAUCCAUUUAAAGUCAGGAACAACUCUUCCUACAUCUUCACCUCUAGUUAUAACUGAAAUGCCUAAUGAAGGCCAUAUCCACCAGAGUGUCAUAACUUCACCGGUUCCAUCAAGGCCAGAACAACAAGAAUCAAGCAAUACACCUCCAUUUCCUCAAAGAUUGGAGGAAGAACCUACCAAACAAAAAGAAGAACUCAUGUUUGAUAUUGUGGAUCGGUUAAAGAAUGUAUUUGUCAAGAUUCCUUUGUUUCAAGCAAUAAAGGAUGUUCCAAUAUCUGGAAAGGCAAUUAAAGAAGCUUGUUUGAAAAAGCCAGGGAGAAAGAAGAAAGAUCCACACACGAUCCAUGUUGUAGGCCAAUUAGAAGACCUUAUGUUAGGGAAAUUUUGUGUCCCUAAGUAUUCAAACCCAGGAAGUCCUCUUGUUGCAGUAGUCAUUAAUGGAGUUCAAUUUCAAAAUACUCUUAUUGACCUUGGGGCAGCUAUAAAUGUAAUGACAAAUGAUGUGAUGCAGAAACUCAACAUCACUAACCUGAGGACUACAACUACUGUCCUACAACUUGCAGACAGUUCUACUAUUACACCAGAUGGUAUGGUGGAAGACCUUGUAGUAACACUGGAUUCUUGGGAAUAUCCAACUGACUUUGUCAUCCUCUCACAUAAAGCAACUUUAGGAGGCUAUCCUAUUAUCUUGGGUAGAUCCUCAUUAGCUACAAUAGAUGCUUUCAUAGGAUGUAGGUUAGGGGACAUGACCAUUUUUGAUGGGACAAAAACUAAAAUACUUGCAUUAUAUUCACCUACCCAACCUCAUCUUGAAGAGGAGCACUUAGUUUGGCUAGAUAUAAAAGAAGAAUCUGAUAAAGUCAAUACAAUACAACAAUUGAUGAUGAUAAGAAGGGGCCCCUUCUUGCAACUUCAAGAAGAAGAAGAUGUGCUCUCUAAUAUUUUGUAA